UCGACAGCAAAGUCGGAGUUCGCGUUCGUGUCUUAAAUAUUUUGUUUCAAUUGAAAUCAAGUGUGAAAUCUUAGUAAUGAAGCCUGUGAUCUGUAUUCUGGCUCUAGCCCUCGCCUCCGCCAAUGCCGGCCUUUUGCCACACCAUGGUCAUGACGCGCAUAUUGUUGAAGGCGCCCACCACGUCGACAUUCCACAUGGCAGUGGCAUCCAUCUCGGCCACUCAUCGUCCAUUGUUAUCGAUGCCAGCGGCGAUUCACACCACAUCGAUGCGCAUCCUGUCUACCACCACGAUGACCAUCAUGCUCAUGUCGACGUGCAUCCUGUCGUGCAUGAUGUGCAUCAUGAUGUGCACCAUACCGCCGCUGCCGCAAAGAUUGUUCAUCACGAACCCAUCCACCAUGUAGAGCCAGUGCAUCACGUAACCAAAGUUGUGCACCAUGAACCCCAUCACUUCCUGCACUACGUCAAGCCCGUGAUUGAUCAUCAUGUCAUCCACCAGGACAGCCAUCAUGACGAGCACUUGCACGCGCACGAUCUGCAUCACGCCGAAGCAUACCACUCUCCUCUUCUGCACCACCACGAGCACUUGGCCCACCAUGCCCAUAUUGUCGAUCACAGCCACCACCAUGCUGCCCUGGUGCACACCGUACCUGCCCACGUCCACCACCACACGCAUGCUGCUGUUGUGCACAAACUCUACCCAGGAGAUGCGCAUCAUGGUAACCUUCUUGCCUUCGCGCGCCACGCCCUUCACGGCAAAUACGGCAAAGUUAAGAUCACCGAGAAACAUUACUAA